AAUCAUCGUCAUCAACCAAUGAAGUACAGAAAGAAGACACGUUGCCCUCGUCGGUCACGCCCCCAGCAAAACAAACAAAACAAAGGAAAACAAGAUCAAAACUCAUCAAUUACAUCACUAUGGCGCUUAUGCUGUUUAUGUUAAUUAUAUCACCGGCACAAUGCAAUCAUAGCGUGUCACAUUUCAAAGAGGGACAAGGCAUUUAUUUUGAUAAAAUAACGAACAUGAAGCUGGCCCGAGACGAGUGGAAACUUGUAGUUUAUUAUGACAUCAAUCCGUACUGGGAAGGAUCAGAACUAUUUUCCAAAUACAUCAAACACUUGGAAAAUAUGUGUCACGCCUUCGAAAAUAAACAACAGUGCAACAUCGUCCUAACUCAACUGCGCCACGCCUUUUCGGAACUAAAAUACUACGACAGCAUGCUACUCGGUCAACGCGUCGAGUCCCCACGACAGAGAAGGGCCUUCUUCAACGGCGUCGGUAACGUCGCUCACAGCCUGUUCGGCAUACUCGAUGAACAGUUUGCCGAACAAUAUCAGAAGGACAUCGACCUGACCAGAGCUAAUGAGAAACAUUUAGCACAAUUAUGGAGGAAUCAAACUUCGGUUAUCGAGGCGGAAGCUAACUUACUGAAAAGAGUUGAAACAUCAAUGCAAAAUCAGCACAAAACGUUCAAUCAACACAUAAACAACGUCGAGAAGAGCCUUAACAAGCAGGCAACUGAAAUUCAAGAAUCAACCUACAUAAAUGACAUCACCAUAUCAUCAAUCAUCGCUAACAACAUACUCGUGAACCUGAAGAGCAUACAAGACACUUUAUUGGACACCAUUGCUAACGUAAUUUAUGGCAAAUUUAACGUGCAUCUCUUGACACCACAACAGUUGAAAGAUGAGCUGAACAUCAUAGCCGGGCAGAUGCCAAAGGAUUUGACUCUACCCUGCGAGAACAUCAACACUGAUCUACACUGAAAGUGCGAACAAGAAUGACCCGUCAGUACCUUAUCUUCGAAAUCAAGAUUCCCUUAGUUUUUCAAGAUGUGUAUGAACUCUUCAGAUUAAUAUCAAUCCCACGUCAAGUUGGAAAAAAUAUGAUCAAAAUACGAC